AUGUGGUUCUUCAGAACCACAUCAGGCUUUGGUAAAAAUGCUAAAAUAGGAAAAGUUAUGUUUGAUUGUGUUAUUGAGUAUAAGGAAAUAUUUCUUGGUGCAAACACACCACUAGAUAAUGAAACAGAUAAUGAAUAUGAGUAUUUUGGAAAUAGAGAGGUGGUGUUAGACAAUUAUGAACAAGACCUAACACCUGAUAUA